GACUUCACCAACGUCUUUCUUCUACUGAUGAUUUUUAAACGAGACGAGAAAUCUCUCUCCCCUUCUCUAUUCUUAAAAAUGGCGAAGCUGAGACAAGAUAGGAGACAACCCCAACGGCAUGGUUCCUGGUGGAAUUUGUUCUCGAGAUCUUCGAACCGCAGAUUCUUCCGCUUGCUUCUGAUCCUAGCAUUAUUGGCUGUAAUUCCCCCUAUUUUUUUCCACUUCAGACUCAGGCGAUUCCAGCAGAUGCAACUGAGAAAGUGUGGUUGGCUAAAUAAUCCUCCUCUUGUCUGUGCUCAUGGGGGUGAUUCAACCAAGGCCUUUCCCAAUACUAUGUCUGCAUAUCGUAUUGCUCUUCUUUCUCAAGUAGACUGCAUUGAGAUUGAUGUUUCCCGCUCUUCAGAUGGAGUGUUGCUUGCUCUCCAUGAUAGGGAUUUGCAGCGGAUAUCUGGUAACAACUCUGCAAAAGUUGGGCACUUGAGCAUGAAAGAGAUAAAACAACUGGAUGACAGACAUCAGUUCCUACGAGAGUUUGAUGAUCAAGAAAUACCUACGAUUGAAGAUGCUUUGAGGUCAGUGUCAAGGUCAGUUAGGCAGGUUAUUCUGGAUGCGAAAGUUGGACCUCCAUCGUAUGAGCAAGGUCUUGCACAGGACAUUCUUUCUAUUGUGGAGAAGACACGAUGUAGGAAUUGUCUUGUUUGGGCUAAAAGUGAUAUUUUAGUUAGGGAUGUAACUAAUCUCUCAUCAGACACUGCAGUAGGUUACAUUGUUAUGAAGGAUCCAUCAACUGGUACUAGAACCAACUUAUUGAGGAUGAAACAUGCAAGGGUUGUUGGUGUCUACCACCCUUUGAUUGAUAAGAAACUUGUGCAGAUUUUGCGCGGGAGGAAUAAGAAAGUCUAUGCUUGGACCGUUGACUAUCAAGUUUCCAUGCGCAAAAUGCUGUUAGCACAUGGUGAUGCUAUUGUCACUAGCAAUCCCACUCUUCUUCAACGGCUUAUGCAGGAAAUUAGGACACAAUGUCUUGAGGAAGGAUUUUCUUUUCAAUGAUUGGAAUUUCCCCCAUGUUUCAAACUAAUUAUUUUAUUUUAGAUGAUGAAAAGUUUCCAUUUAUGGCUUUUUGAGCU